AUGUCAAAUACCUUGAAGAUUGCCAUUGAAGGAUGUUGUCAUGGAGAAUUGAAUGAUAUUUAUAAUUCAAUACCUGACAUCGAGAGUUUAGACCUACUUCUAAUAUGUGGUGAUUUCCAGUCCCUACGCAAUAAAUGUGAUUUACAGAGUUUGAAUGUCCCCCUCAAAUAUCAACGAAUGGCAGAUUUCCAUGAAUAUUAUAGUGGUAAACGUAAAGCACCUGUAUUAACUAUUUUUAUUGGUGGUAACCAUGAAUGUUCAUCAUACUUGCAAGAAUUAAAAUAUGGAGGAUGGGUGGCACCCAAUAUUUAUUAUCUAGGUGAAUUUGGAAGUAUAUGGUAUAAGGGACUACAAAUAACGGGAUGGAGUGGGAUUUUCAAUUAUCAUACUUUCAUCGCUAACAAUAUCGAGAUGGAAAAAUUACCAUUUGAUUCUAGAACAAUAAGAAGUGUUUAUCAUCAAAAAUUGGCGAAUUUUUUGAAAAUGUAUAUGAUGAAUCAUGAUAUGGAUAUUGUUUUGAGUCAUGAUUGGCCUGUGGGCAUUGAAAAAUAUGGAAAUGUGAAGAGGCUACUAAAAUUGAAACCAUUUUUCAGAGAUGAUAUUCAACGAGGACAAUUAGGUAGUCCACUAAAUAAAUUUUUGAUCCAUUAUUUGAGACCUAGGUAUUGGUUUUCAGGUCAUUUGCAUGUCAAAUUCGAAGCAAGAAUUGUUGAUUUGGUAAGGAGCACGGAUAAAAAGAAAUCAGCCACGACUGUAGAUUUAAUUACUGAAUCAAAUAAGGAAGAAAUAUCUCUAGAUAUGGAUGAUGAGGAGGAAGAAGAGGGGGGAAAUGUUAGGGAAGUUAGUUUUGAGGAGAAAUUUUAUUUCAAACAACACCUGAAUCCAGCAAAAAGACCAAAAAAUGAUUUAACUCCUGAAAGGGAUGUAUGUGAACAUGCAACAGAGUUUUUGGCUUUAGAUAAAUGCGGUAAGCGUAGACAGUUCCUAGAUAUCAAAACUAUUGAAGUCCAUAACACUUCUCAUCCGUCAUUUAUCAAUGCAGGGAAAUUAUAUUAUAGUAAGCGAUCAAUCGCCAUAAACAAAGUUGUUGAAAAGUAUUUGAAUGACAAUAGACAAGAUUUUACAGAAUUAAAUACCAAACAAAUAUUGAGUAACCCUCAACAAUUCCCAUUAGUCAAUGAAUUAAUGCCCAUUAUUGAAAAUGACUUCAAAUCAAUGCAGAAAAAUAUAACAGAUGAAGAUUUUUUCAUGGUGCCAGAGAAUUUUCAGACUAUUGCACCUACAGACGACGAACACACUGAGUCAAAGUUAAAGUACUAUCCGAACAAUCAAACACUGGAAUAUUGUGAAAAGUUUGGUAUUCCAAAACUAGUUUUAUCUAAAGAGUCGGACCAAUAG